AUGGAGGAGGAGGGGAGUAAUGACCGUUGGGUUGAUGACCCAAUAUACGGAUUGAGCAGACUAGAUGGUCGGGCUCUGGACAGCUUGAACAAUAAUUCACCAAUAUUAACCAGCCAGGAGCUUUACAUUUUGCGAGUAAUAGCACUGGUAGCAGCGAGCAUUUCAUUAAUCAGUGGUUUUGUUGUUGGGUGGUGGUUUGUACGCAUGAAGAGAAGCUUCAGACAUCAUCUCAUCAUGUUGCUGGUAUUUUCAGACUUCUUCAAAGCAAGCUGGCAGCUGAUAUACCCGGCGGUUGUAUUUACGAAUGGGGCGGUUUCGAGUACAUCGAGGUUUUGCCAGGCUGCUGGAUUUUUUAUGUCUAUGGGGAUUGAGGCUUCUGAUUUCGCGGUAUUGGCGGACUGUAUCGAUAUCGUCACUCGCACACUUGAGAUGGAUACGGCGGAUCUGGUUGCAGCAGAGCAACCUAAACCAAAUAAUGGACAGGUGCCAGCAUUGGAUGACCAUGGACUGAUACCAGUAUCACCUAGUGGGGACAGUCGACAAGCAUCAAAUUCCUCAGACCAACCAUUUGCAAAGGCUUUGAUAAUCCCUCAAACUAUUGCGGAGAAGCUCAACUUUUCACCUUGCAACUCAGAACCCCGUGGAUCGACCUGUGAUGGCAACUCAUCAUCACCUUCACGAGAGGAGCCUACAACUGGCAGAAAUGAAGGCGACGGUUGGAGGAAGAAGAAGAAUAUGAGCUUUGAGGCAAGGAAGGCCUACGAGAGAAGGGAGGAGGAGAGAAGAGAAGCAGCGGAGGUUUGGUUGACGAGACAGGAGGAGAAAGGGAGACGACCACCGAUGCCCCGAAGAUCAGACACAAACUGGUGGGAUAUUGUCGACAAUGGCGAUAUUGCGGAGGAAUCAGAAGAGGAGAUGUCUGAAGUUGAACCUCGUGGCCGCAUAGAUGAGUUGGGAGCAUUAGAGGAUGGGAGAGGACCUAUGGGAGAGGAACCACCGAGCAAUCAUUAA